AUGAUUGACAAUAUGGUGCAGUGUUGUAUGGAGAUAUUAGCAACAUCAGCCCGAACUGGAAAAUCAGGAAGAAGGGAAAGGGUGAGGCAUCAACUUGAUGCUACAAAAGUGCAACCCAUAACAGAUUAUCCAAGCCUGUGGAAGAGGGAGAUGUUUGAGGCCUUGGACUUGGUGCGCUCAGAGGUGGAGCGGCGUUUUGAUCAGGAGGGACUCCGCGUAGCUGCAGGGCGAGAGCAGGCCAUUCUUGAGGCAGCCCAGGGGAAACAAGUUAAUGUGGGUUCCCCGGAUCUGAUCCCUUUUUCACGAGAGAAACUAUGUCUUGAGCUGGACAUACUGACACCAUCCACUACUCUAGUAUCACGAAAGGAAAGGAAGGUGAAGAAGCAACUGGAAUUUGAGGAGACAAGUGUCCCAGAAGAGUUGCAACAAGAAGUGUCAACACCCUGCAUGGAAAUGCAAGACCUGCAGCAGACGGAAUUAGGCAUUGACAAAAUCAGCAAUGAUUCGGUCUCCACCAUCAUAAUACUAAAUACACCUGAAACAAAAGAAAAUGAAGAAAGGGAAAUAAUUUUAUUUUUAUACAUUAACAUAUCACAUCUAGGAGAGUGA